AUGUAUCUGUCAGCCAAGGCUGUGGCUAUUGCCUUGCUCACGCUGCAAUUCGGAGCAGUUCGUGGCCAGCAACUUAAGCCCAUGAUUCUCGCAGAUACCAACCGCGACGGCAUUGUGGAUGAUAGCGACGUUACGGAUAGAGCAUUCUGGACCUCUUCUCGCGGCGCAAUCUUCCUACCAAACGUCGGCGACUCUCUUAACCGUUGUCCUAAUCAGGAUCUUCAGGGAAACCCUCUCAGCAAUCACGAACUAGCGUCUUGCCACGAUGCUUCUGGCCACCUACUCAUUGAGCCAAGCCUGGUUGCUCCCCUGAAGACGAUCCCAUUGGAAGUUUCAAACGACACUAUUGCCCAUAUCUACGCCACGCCUGACGCCGCAUCUGAAAGGGUUCGCCUCUUUUACAUGAACGAUUCGUCCGCCAACCCCGCCGAAACUGCCUUUUGGGGCUUUGUGGAUCCCGAGUUUACCUUCAACGCAAGCCAUGUCCAAGCCGGCAUCACUCUCGGAAUCGAUGGGCGCGAGUUUGUGAAGGAUUCGACAAAAUGGGACGGCAAAGUGAGGGUGCAUUUCGAUGUUCACACUAACGGCACUGUCAUUUCCGACGCCGUUGAGCUCAAGGUGGCCCCAGUUCUUACACACCACCAUCUCCAACGUGUCAGCGCCUUUGUCAGUACCGCAGCAAACGAGUCCGAUCCCGUACAGCUCGGUUUUAUCGGCCAACUUGAUGAAGUGCGGAAGGCAGCAGGGAUUCAGGAGCCAUUGUAUUUGUUCAAUCAGAGUGACGAUAUUUGGGCACAGGACUUCGUGGAACCAGCGUAUGCUAGCAUGCCUGGACCCAACGGCCAACCAAUCUCUCUCAGAAUCAUGCUGAGGUCGGCACAGUCAGUCCGCACGGCUGGCCGACAGGUCUUUGAGCAGCUUCGCGGAAAAGGCGUUGGCGGUUUCCAACCUGAGGGCGGACGUGGCGGCUACGGUGACCGAGAAAUUAACGCAUACGGCAACCUCGAAACAAUCCCACCCUACACGUCCAAGAGUGGAGUAAAAUAUCCCGCCGGCCGGAUCAUCCAUGGGAAGCAUUACGACAAGAUGCCAGCGGAAGCAACGAUCGCCUUCUUGGAAGGCCAGGAGCUUCUAAAGCCUCUUUUCCUCGAGUCCGGCUGGCUAAUCAUCGGUCACGUUGAUGAGUUCGUCCAGUUUCUACCUUCCAACGAGACAGGCCUUGGCUUCACAAUAGGUAUCGCUGACACCACGUCCGCCCUCGACUUGCUCAGAAAUACCUCAGCAGCGGGGCAUGGUGGCGUGCGAGCAAUUUCUUUCAACGGAUCUGUUGAAGGCGCUUUUUCUAUCACAGAAGAAGAGCUGACCAUGACGAUUGACGAGCUUCUCGCAAAUGAAACCUUUCACGAGGUCAACGCUUACGCGCAGAGGCAUAUUGACGCCAAUCUUGGAAUCCUUCUCGCUGAGAUACCUAUCCUCAGAGACCAUGUCAUCCGUAUUCCCUCGCUGUUCAAGGCUCCCAACGUGACCUCGAUUUCAUCCUUCACAGAAACAGUCAUGAAGGAUGAAUAUCUUCUGGUCAGCUUCAACCCAGCGGCUAUCAACGGCGUCGUGUUGGAUAACUAUUACAUGAGUCCCAAACCUUGGGGCCCACUGGUUGAGGGAGAAGACAUCUUCGAGGUUGCCGUGCGCGAGGCAUAUGCAAAGGCUGGCAUGGAGGUCGGGUUUGUGGACGAUUUCAUGUCGCAUCACCACACAUUCGGUGAGGUUCAUUGUGGAAGCAACACAUUCAGAGAGACGAACGUAGCGUGGUGGGAGUAA